AUGGGUUUCCUGGUACCCUUAUGGAAUUGGGUGCGAAAGUCGUUCUCACGUCAUACGCAGGAAGACGACCCCGGUGUCCUCCUUGUCAUCGUGUCCCUCCUCCUCGUCGAUGGCCGCCGAGAUGAGAUUACGUUUGAAAUGAUGAAUGGCGAGAGCGCGUUCGCGCGGCUACUCGAGCUUAUACAAUGUCCGCGAAAUGGCGCUGGUGGAGAUGGAGCUGGCCUUCAUCGAUCGUUGAUGGACUUAUUUUAUGAGAUGUCGAGAAUUCAAAAGAUAAGUAUUGAAGAUCUGAGUAAGUCUCUGGGCAUAUUAACCACGAUGAUUCUCCUGCUUUGUGCGAAUAGGACUUUAACCUACUGGAAUGCAGUCCUCGUCGACGAUGACUUUGUGAAGUUCUUGUUUGGCAUUAUUGAGGAGGUUUCUAAUGAUGUGGAUGACCCAUAUCAUUACCCGGUGAUCAGGGUCCUGCUGGUACUCAACGAGCAGUUCAUGGUUUCUGCUCACGACCCUACGACAGAGCAGCCGUCCGUAACUCCGCCAACCAACAAAGUUAUCAAGAUCCUAUCGAUGUAUGGGAGCGUCUACAAAACGUUUGGCGAAAAUAUAAUUCUCCUACUGAAUCGCGAGAACGAAACUUCACUUCAACUUCUCACACUCAAGCUUCUAUAUCUCCUCUUUACCACGCCUCCUACCUAUGAAUAUUUUUAUACUAAUGAUCUCCGAGUUCUCGUCGAUAUAUUGAUCCGUAAUCUCUUAGACCUCCCAGAAGAAGCCUCGGCCCUUCGUCAUACGUACCUUCGCGUUCUUCACCCAUUAUUGUCUCAUACGCAGCUGAAAAACCCACCUCAUUAUAAGCGCGACGAACUACGGAAACUGUUUGCAAUCCUCAUUAGGGAUCGGAUUGCUGGUUACGAAGAUGAAUAUGAAAAGAUCCUUCAUUUUGACGAAGUCGACGAAACGACCAAGAGAUUGGUUCUGCGUAAGAUCAUCUCUCACGACUAA